UUCGGUUACCUUAGCAACCCAUAAACUUUUUGAUUGAUCAAUAAAUUUUCCUUCCCCCCGCUCCAAUAAAAAAUAAGGCACAUUCCUUUACACAAGAAAUUCCGCUACAGGAACCGUGAUUCAAAAUAAAAGAAACCCAUUAAGAGAAACGAAUUAAAUAAUGAUUGGAACUGGAGGAUCAUCACAUCGCCAUCGCAAGAUUCGUGAACAAUGCGGUUCCUGUCCCAAUCGCUUUUCGCGCGAUAAACGUCAAGUUAUCACCGAAGACUCCGACACCACGGAUGUGGAAUCCUCCACAGAUGAAGAGGACCGCUGGAAGGAGGUCGCCCGCACAGCUGAAAUCCCUGUCGACUAUUAUAACAUUCAAAAGUUAAUCAAAUAUAUCAAGGCGGGCAAUCAAACGGCCACCAUUAUGUCGCUCUGCUGUCUCAAGGACUACGAUUUGAGUACGCAAAUAAAUCAAUUUGCCAUCCAGGAUAUUGGAGGACUCGAUAUCUUGGUGAAUAUCCUAGAGUGCAACGAUACCAAGUGCUGUCUGGGCUCUCUAACUGUCCUGUCGGAGAUAACAUUGAAUAUUGAUAUACGCAAGACAAUUAUUGAUCUCGAUGGCAUUCCAUUGAUUGUCGACGUAUUGAAUUCGGCCAUGAAGAAUCUAAAGACCAUGGCAGCCGAAACGCUGGCCAAUGUGAGUAAGGUUCGUCUGGCAAGGAAAUAUGUUAGAGUUUAUGGCGGAAUACCCAAACUAGUGGAUCUCAUAGACAUCAAACUAAGCAUUCUACAAACGCCACGGGAGCAGCUAAGUCCCGAGGAUAUUGAGUCAUUGAAUAUGGCCAGAGCUGGCGCCAGGGCCUUGUGGACACUGGCCGACUCCAAGCACAAUAUGGAGCAGAUGCGUAAGAGUGGCAUAGUGCCUCUAAUGGCUCGUCUGCUGAAGUCCUGUCACAUUGAUGUGGUCAUACCCAUUAUGGGAACGGUACAGAAAUGCUCAUCGGAGCCCAAAUUCCAAUUGGCCAUCACCACCGAGGGCAUGAUAGCCGACAUAGUGACCCACUUGAGUUCGGAGUGCACAGAUCUGAAAAUGGAGGGCAGCACGGCCAUCUACAAGUGCGCCUUCGAUGAGACCACACGGGAUUUGGUGCGGGAGGCAGGCGGCUUGGAACCUCUGGUCACCAUAAUCAAGGACAAAGCUGUGAGAGAGAAUAAACCAUUGCUGCGGGGAGCCACUGGGGCCAUCUGGAUGUGCGCCAUAUCGGAUGCGAAUGUCAAACAAUUGGAUUCAAUGCGUACGGUCAACCAUUUGGUGGCCCUGCUCAAUGAUGAAUGUGAUGAGGUGCUGACCAAUGUCUGCGGAGCUUUAUCCGAGUGUGUGAGGUUUCAAAAUAAUCGCGAAGCACUGCGUCAGGCUGGUGGUUUACCUGCCAUGGUGGCUUUGCUGAACUCCUCGCAUGCCCCCUUGCUGGAGAAUUUGGCAAAGGCUCUAAAAGAAUGCGCCGAAGAUCCUGAAAGUAUGCGGAUACUUGAGGAAUUGGAUGCAGUGCGUUUGGUGUGGUCACUACUUAAGAACACCAGUACCCGGGUGCAGGCCAAUGCCGCCUAUGCCAUUUGUCCUUGUGUAAAGAAUGCCACCGAUUCGGCGGAGCUAGUGCGUAGUCUAGUGGGAGCCAUGGAAUUGGUGGUGGGUCUACUUAAAUCGAAAGAUAUAUCCGUUCUAUCUGCCGUUUGUGCAGCCAUUGCCACAAUAGCUCAGGAUCAAACGAAUCUGGCGAUUCUAACCGAUCUACGUGUCAUCUAUAAGCUGGCCGAUCUAGUCAAUACCACGGAUGAUUUGCUGCGCAUGAAUCUGGCAGCGGCUGUGGCUGCUUGCGCAUGCUAUGGCAAUAAUACCGAAGAGUUGGGCCGAUUGCGCACAGUGACACCCAUUGUCACCUACAUGACCAGCGAUAAUCCCAUGGUGCAUCGUAGUACAGCUAUGGCCCUAGAGAAGCUAUCAAUGGAUCCACAGAACUGCAUAACCAUGCACCAGAGCGGCGUGGUGCCCUUCCUGUUGGAGUGCAUUGGUUCCACCAACAAGGAGCUGCAAUUGGCUGCCGCUGGUUGCCUACGAAAUAUACGCGAAUUGGCUCUUCGUGCCGAGGAGUAUAUGCUGAAGAUCGACGAUGAUUAAGGGGAACCCCAACACCAAUUAAAUGCUUUAAAUGUUUGCUGUUUAAAUUGUUGCACGUGCCACUUAAAUUAAAUACAAUUUCAAAUAA